GUUCAACAUCACAGCUGCCCUUGCCGUGUUUCCACUUCACAGCGAUAGGCUAGCUUGGAUUUCCUCCGUUGCGGACCGAUUCUAACGGGCCGACUCAAGGCUGGUCGCCCUUCCUAACGUCCGUCUAGAAAAAUCUCACAUCACAUGAAUCCUGUAUGUACUACUUGACAACAUGAAGGGUUAGGGUCGGAGCAAAAGUGUACUGGCGGAGUUGCCCAGUUUGUCUAGGCGAACUAGCUCCCGGUUGCGGAGACUCCGCGCUCAGGUUCAGGCCCACGUCGGUGAGUCCAACAAACAAACACGACGUUCAUGAUUUGGUGCGUGGAGAGUGAGUUGGAUUUGUGUAAAAACUAGCCUCGUACAAUACAUAUCAUAAUCCUACCUACGGAGUUCCUGCAUCAUCAAGCAAGCGUCCUGAACUCAGCAACCACAAUUCACAAAAUUCACAAAAAUGGGGAGCACACAAGCAGCAACAUCUGGCUUUGCCGCACCUCCCGAGGUCGUCACCUUUGAUGGACUCCUGUUCGAUAUGGACGGUACCAUCAUCGACUCGACAGACGCCGUGGUCAAGCAUUGGGAAACCAUCGGCAAAGAGAUAGGAGUUGACCCGAAAGUCAUCCUUCAGACCUCUCACGGACGGAGAUCCAUAGACACGCUCCAGAUGUUGGCGCCCGAGAAGGCAAACUGGGAAUAUAUCCAACACAUGGAAGGGCUCCUCCCUAAACUGCACGGCGCCGACGCCGUCGAGAUCCCCGGGGCGAGAGCUCUUCUACACGACCUCAUCGUCCGUGACGCACCCUGGGCAAUCGUCACAUCGGGCACGGUGCCCCUUGUAAAGGGCUGGCUCAACGUCCUGAACCUCCCGGCCCCGGAGCACUUGAUCACGGCCGAGUCGGUGGCCAACGGGAAGCCCGACCCGGCGUGCUACCGGCUGGGGCGCGAGCGGCUCCGGGUCGACGGGCCCGACAAGCGGGUGCUGGUGCUCGAGGACAGCCCCGCGGGGAUCCGCGCGGGCAAGGCGGCCGGCUGCCAAGUGCUGGCCGUCGUCACCAGCCACACGGCCGAGCAGGUGCUGGCCGCGGGCCCGGACUGGGUCGUGCGCGACCUGGCUUCGGUCAGGCUGCUGCGGGUCGAGGAGGGCGGUGGGCCUGUGACCCUGGAGGUGAGGGAUGCCCUGGUGGUGCGGCCCCAGUGAGUGAGAGUAGGUAUGGAAGGGUGGGAGGAAAGGAUGGGGUGGAAGGCGAAAUCUAAGAAGACUUAGUAAUGUAGGUACAGUAGCGGGGAAGGGUGGUGGCUUUGUAAUUACACUUCACAUCUUUUAGAGGCAGGAUAGAUUUCAGUUCCGUUGGAAGAUAGAAACAGCUUGCCAAAGAGCGUGUAGUUCGAGGGCAAGUGUUCAGCACGCAUCGCACUCAUCCUGUUGUUCUACAGGUUCU